GCGUGAAACCUCGUCCGAAGUGGGUUGUGCACAUCCAGUUCCCAUAUUUAAUUCCCCGACACGAAAACAUGAACAAUCAUCGCAAGUGACUCGGUGCGGACAAGUGACAUAUUACAUUUUAAUUUAUCUUGCUGUGGUGUUGUGACGUGAAAAAUGUCUUUGGUUUAGUUCGCAUUUAAAGUGUGACACGACUCAGAAAAUGGCACGUAAAUUAAUCGGUCUGUUAGCGUUGGCCGCCGUCGCCGGUGUGGCGAUGGGCAUCGAAAAUUUCUGCGAAAUGAACACUUACUCGGGCACCGGGCCGUACAUGCAGCUGACCAAGGAGGCGAAUUACGAAGAGUACGCGAUGGUCGGACAAUUCAAGGCGCUGCACUGCUGCGCCAAAGGCUACAGGUCCAUCGAAUGGUCCAAAGAUGGCAAACCUUAUCCGUGGCCCACGAGCUUUUCACGUCUGAUCCUCUAUCCGGAGAGUGCGAAUCAAACGGUUUACACGCAAUCGGUGACCGAAGACGAUGCCGGCAAUUACACGUGCGUGCUGAGGAACGACACCGUUGUCAUUCAGCACACGAUACAGUUCAAAGUUUUCGAAAAAGUACCCGACGACCCGAAAGUCACCUACCUAUCCGACAACAAAGAAGUGAUACUAGGCCAAGAGUUGCGCCUGUUUUGCGAGGCAUUCGCAGGUCGGGUCGAUCUGCCGGAUGCCCACAACGACGCGGUCUGGCACAAGACCGGCGACCACAAUGGCACCAUGGACAAGGACCCGAGGAUACACCAGAUCAAGUCCGCAAGGGAGGAGGAACAUGUGUACGGAACUUAUUUGAUAAUCGACAACGUGAGGAAGGAAGACUUGGGGGAGUACGUGUGCAUGAUCACAAAACCAGGAAAGACGAUUGAGAAGUUUGUUACUGUUCGGGAAACAGUCCAAAUUGUGUAUCUCAAUCCAAACCCGAUACCAGUCAAGCAACUGCUUUUGUUCUCGCUUGGCAUUUUGCUGGGCAUCACCACCGCCAUCAUCCUCUACGUCCGUUAUGCGCUGAAGGUGCGCGUCCACAUGAAAGACCUCCUGGCACCCAUCGAAGACUCGACCGGCAAAACCAGCGACGUCCUCAUAGUCUAUUCGGACAAGGACUCCGAAAUAGCUCUGGGAGUCUUGUUGCCCACCCUAGAGAACCGCUACAACUACAAGUGUGCUUCCAGAGAGCUUCCCAAAGACGUAAAUCAAUGGUACACGGACUUGAAGACUCCCGCCCAGAACAGCAAGCGUUUGUUGGCAGUGAUUUCACCCGCCGCCCUAAAGGACAAUUGGGAAAACGAGAACGUGCUGAUGGCUUUGAAACAGUUGCAGUCGGUGGGUCCCCAGUUGUGCUGCGUGACACUCAAGGAGCUACCGCUGAAGGAAAACGAAGUGAAGAACGCACAAGGCGAAACCCUGACCGGUUUGAGCAGGAGUUUGAACGUAAUUUUGUGGGAACAGGGCGAGAACGAGAAGUUUUGGCUAUCCCUACGUCUGAGGCUGCCGCCCAAUCGCAGAGUCGAGACUGUCAUUACCGUUCCACAGGGUGAAAACAAUAAAAGACUGAGUAGUAACUCACAAGAGAGUUUGGAUAAUUUGGUGUAAAUAUUUAUUGAUUAUUUAAUAUUUGUUAUUAUGGAAUUACUUGUAUUAUCUAAUAAUGGAUCCGAAAUAUUUUUAUGUAAACGAAAGGCUGCCAUAUAUAAUAUAAUCCCCAGCGACGACUUUCGUUAUGUAAAAAUUGAUAUAAAUGUUAAUUGUGAUUUUAAUAUAAUGUUAUGAUUUUUACUUAAUAAUUUCUUUAUUGUAAAUUAUUUCAAUUAAACUAUAUCUAUUUAAA